GGCCUCAUCUUCAGUGAUGUCAUGAAUUUCAGUCUAGAGUUCUUCAUGUGUUUUUGUGCUUGAAGGGUUAAGAUGGCUGUAUGGACAUUCUUGUUUAAUGUUAUAAGAACAAGCUCUGUCUAAGUGCAGGACAGCAACCUUCAUACAUAAUGCAAAGAUUAUCAACCCGAACAAGAUUUGGAUUCAUCCAAAUCAUUAACCAGCUUGUAAAGUUUUGGCUGAGUAUGCAGUAUAUAGCCAAUCAUUGUAGCUAUAGAUCAGGGCUUGUGAUUUAGCAAGUCAUGUACCUCAACACAUUAAGGCUUAGCACAAUAUGUUCCUACUGAAAACUCUUAGGCUGUAAAGACCUGCCUUUAGCACUGGCUACAAAAGUCUAUUUGGCUGUAGCCAAGGUUCUGAAUGUCUCAAAUUCUAUUCCUGAAUUUACAGUAAGGGAAAAUGUUCUGUCUUGAGAAGCCAAUAGGCUGAAUUCAAGUAUGGAAUUACUAAAUCUUGGCUCAUCCUUACUGACAAACCUUAAAGGACUGUGACAUCAUUCAGUUUGAAGAGGACCCACCGAAAACUUUGAUCAUCUGAGGAGUCACCACCCAAUGAAACAGGGUGAAUAGCCACAAGAGAGGACUUUCUCGACUUCAAAGACUUGUUUGUACUAUAUUUUUCCAAGGAGACGCACGUACAGCCAUUAAACAUGUUUAGCAAAGUGUGUACAAAAUACAUUUUAUUUGGCAAUGGUAAAAUAAUUAGGUUAUUGUAACUAAUAGGUUAUUUAAAAAGCUUACUUGCUUCCUCCAAGGAAUAUGUAUCAUAUUGGCAAUCAUGUUAUGAGAAGUGAGUCUGUUUCCCAUUUACAUUUUAGGAAAAACUGCUUAAAUGCUAGGACUAAGUUGCAGCAAUGUAUUAAAGAGAAUGACAAAACUGGAUAAUGGAGUAAAGUACACACAGAGGUUCGUUCCACUUUAAACUAGCACCUGCCUAUUUUUCAGCCUAACUGUCCUUAUAAAGUUUAAUCUAUAGUAGAUUAACCCUAAACCUAUGGGGAAUUCACGCUACAAAAAAAAGUUGAAGCAUUGCCUUUACUUCCCAAAGUAUUACUUCACUGCAUGAAUGUGGCGAACAUGCCCUUAACAAUAAGCUUUAAAUAAUGUGCAUGCAUUAAGUUUACUAUAGAAAAACACUUUUAUGUUUAAGACUAAUAGAUAAAGUUCAAGUGUCUCUAAAAUAAGUUCAGUGUAGCAAAGACUUUAAGAGUUAAGGAAGUUUUGAUUAUUAUACUGAGUUAUUUACAUACUUUCCAAUACAAAUAUUUGUGGCUAAAAUCUUUUCAACUAAACCCCUUAAAGCAGAAUUGAAAACUGAAACCUUUUGUAGCUCAGCCCCUUCUUCCUGUGAUGUUAUCAUAUAAGUUAAGUAAGCAUGGGUAGGGCUUUUUGUUUAAUCUUCUCUGUAGACAGAAAUGCAUAAUAGCAGAGUAACAUCUAAGGAGAGAGCUGAAAUUCAGCAAGAAAGGACAUGCUUCGGAAUUUUAUUCCAUCGUACAGUUCAACAACAAGAAGACUGAAAACUGCAACACAGUGAUGAAACCUCAACCUCUAUUUUCCCAGAAGUUUCAAAGUUACUUAAGUUUUCAUGGGAUUUAUUUGUAAUUUUUUUUUAUUUGCUGUAUUUUUCCAGUGAAUGGGAAAGAGCAAUCUCAACAUUUGAAGAAAUUAGAUUUUGGAUUUUAAUUAAUUUAAAGGAUGAUGUUCCUUAUUUCUGAAAUUUACUACUGCCUAGAUUUGUGAACAUGAACUACUAAUAUUUUUGGAAGAAAGGAAUGACAUACUGAUAAGUAGAACUGUGACUUACUGAACUAUGAAAAUUUCAAAUAAUGUGGACCCAAGUGAAGGGAAAGACUAGAUUUAUAAACCAACCGAGGAUUUAGCACAACUAUAACAAAGGUACAGGCUUACUGAGAAAUUCUGUAAUUAUAAAUAAUUGUCAUUAUGGUGGCAAAUUCCAAUUGUACUAUUCAAGACUCAUUUAAAUAUACUUUAUAUGGCUAUGUGUUUAGUAUGGUAUUUGUCCUUGGUUUAAUAUCAAACUGUGUUGCUAUUUACAUCUUUACUUGGACACUAAAAAUCAGAAAUGAAACUACAACUUACAUGCUUAAUUUAGCAAUAUCAGAUCUCCUUUUUGUGUUUACAUUACCAUUCAGGAUUUACUCUUUUGCAUCAAAAGACUGGCCAUUUGGAGAUGUACUAUGCAAGAUUUCUGUCACACUAUUUUAUACAAACAUGUAUGGGAGCAUUUUGUUUUUAACCAGUAUCAGCGUUGACCGUUUUUUAGCAAUUGUAUAUCCAUUUCAGUCAAAGACAAUCAGAACAAAAAGAAAUGCAAAGAUCAUCUGCAUUAUAAUUUGGAUAAUUGUGACAAUAGGAAGUAUACCAGCAAGCUUCUUUCAAUCCACCAAUGCUCGUGUUAGUUCUGAAGGAUGGACACACAAUACAUGUUUUGAACACUUUUCUGAAAAAACUUGGAAAACUUAUCUUUCAAGAAUUAUUAUUUUCAUCGAAACAGUAGGCUUUUUUAUUCCUCUCAUACUGAAUGUGACAUGCUCUGCAAUAGUUAUAAGGACAUUAAAUAAGCCGAUUACAAUGACCAGGAAUAAAUUAAGUAAAAAAAAAGUUCUACGAAUGAUACUCGUUCACUUACUGAUUUUCUGUUUCUGCUUUGUUCCGUAUAACAUCACCCUAAUUUUUUAUGCCCUCAUGAGAACACAAGCCUGGAUUAAUUGUUCAGUUGUUACUGCUGUUAGAGUUAUGUAUCCAAUCACUCUGUGUAUUGCUGUUUCAAACUGUUGUUUUGACCCUAUAGUAUAUUAUUUUAUUUCAAGCAGUAUUCAAAAUUCAAUAAAAAUGAAAAGUUCAUCAACUAGAAAACAGAGAUUUCCUGAAACUCAAGUUUCUGAUAUUCAAGUUAGAUUCCAAGCCUUAAAAGCAAGAGUACUGGACACUGAAUCUACCAUAUAAAUGGUGUUGACAGAUUUAGAAAAUAGAAUGUUUAAGCUAUAAAUAUUCUUCUUGUUUCUACAAAUAUAAGAGGUUAUAUUGAAUUUAAAACUUGUGAAUUUUAAACACUAUUUUUAAUCUGUAAGCCAUUGUUUCCUGAAAUUUAUAUUAUCAAAUUAGAAAAAUAUUUCAUCUGUUUGGAUUAAAAAAAAUCUUUGUAUUAUUCAAUGUUGUAGGAAAAGAAGGUGUUAUAAUAAAGACCUAAUAGGUUUCCUUAUUAUACAAUAAAUUGUUUUCUUUCUAUGUUACUAGUAUCAAUAUUAACAUCAUUGACUUUAAUAUUUUAUUAUUUUAUUCAAAGGUAUUGAAAAGACCAUGGAACUGUAUAAUAAAUUCUACCAUAUAAAAGUGAA